AUGCAGCUAUAUAAGCAUCUGAUCAUCUGUUGCAUUGUACUUACUGUGCUUCAAAGAACCAAAUGCAAAUCAAUAGAUAAAUUGGAAGAACACUACGGCCAAGAUAUAUUCGAACUCCAAGAAAUAACUGUUGCCAAUACAGUGGAAAAUAAAGAAGACGACGACACAAAAAAAGUGGAAAGUGAAAAAAACGGAGAAGACGAUCAAAUACCAACUUUCGAUAAUCGUAAUGAGAACGCUUAUGAAGAUCACGUCGAAAAUGGGCAAAAAGUGGGAAACGAUACUUUUAUUUAUUCUGAUGGUAGAAAGUACGUCGGUCAGUUCAAAGAUGGGAAGUUCGAUGGGCAAGGUGUCAUGACAUGGAAAAAUGGUGACCUAUACGAAGGUGAUUUUCUAGACGGAAAACGAACUGGAAAUGGUACUUACACUUCUGCUAAUGGACCAAAGUACGUUGGUGAAUUCAAAGAUGGAUUUGCCCACGGAAAAGGCAAAGAAUCUUGGAAAAACGGUGACCAAUACGAAGGCGAUUUUCUAGACAGAAAAGGAACUGGAAAUGGUACUUACACUUCUGCUAAUGGACGAAAGUACGUUGGUGAAUUCAAAGAUGGAUUUGCCCACGGAAAAGGCAAAGAAUCUUGGAAAAACGGUGACCUAUACGAAGGUAGUUUUGUCGACGGCGAAAGAACCGGACACGGCGUUUAUAGUUACAAUAAUGGUAAUAAGUACUUUAGUUAUUUCCUGAAGGGUAGUUUAAACGGAUUUGGAAUGGUUAAGUAUGCAAAUGGUGAUUUAUUUAUGGGCAGCUGGACAAAUGNUGAAUUCAAAGAUGGAUUUGCCCACGGAAAAGGCAAAGAAUCUUGGAAAAACGGUGACCUAUACGAAGGUAGUUUUGUCGACGGCGAAAGAACCGGACACGGCGUUUAUAGUUACAAUAAUGGUAAUAAGUACUUUAGUUAUUUCCUGAAGGGUAGUUUAAACGGAUUUGGAAUGGUUAAGUAUGCAAAUGGUGAUUUAUUUAUGGGCAGCUGGACAAAUGCUAAGAAAGAUAAUCAUGGUAGAAUGAUUUUCGGUAACGGUACUAUUCAAGACAGUGCCUAA